CUUUAUCUUCUAACGAAAAUGUCAAAGACCAAUGCCAGUGAAGGGUUUCGUCAGAGAGUGAAGCAGUUCUUCGGCGUGAAGAAAGGCCAUGUAAUCACAAGUAGCAUGUAUGAAGGCCCCAAACCUGAUGAGUUGAGCUUCCGCCAAGAAUUACUGCAGGAAAUAGGGAAGGAAAGUCCUUUGUCAAACCGUGUGAGGGUUUUAAAGGAACUUUGUGACUUGCUGGCCAGUAGGCGUGUGGAAGAUGUACAUGCUGUUGAAGCAGCAUGGGCUGCAGUUGAUGACCUGCUCAGUCCACACAAUCCUAUGGAGGCAAGGCAUGUCACUCUUCAGUUUCUAACAGUGAUGAUCUCAGUACAGUUCAACAGACUUGGGAUUUUAAGGGCUCAUUUCUUUUCUGUUGUAACAAAUCACAGGAUUCCUGAAGACAUCACACCCAGAUUGGAAUUGUUGAAGGCUCUGAGUGAUAAUGGAAAAGACAUCUCAUAUUUUGAGGAAAUGACAGGUCCUUUCCUAUUGUCAUGGAUGCCUGAAGUUAUGCUGAAAGAAAGAAUGGAUGUUUUCAUGCCUCUCCUGAGUAAUGUGAUUCACUACAACUCCAGCUUUCUUGAUGAGGACGUUGUGUCAGGCAUUGUUAAAGAAACUUGCCGUCUUUCAAGAACAACUAAGGAAGAUGAAAAUGUUGAGCUCUGCUUGAGCCUGUUGGACGCUGUUGUGCGUUACUGCUGUCUGCCAUCUAAUGCUUUGUUUGAGUUCAUAGCCACUGCUUGUAGAGCCGUGAACAUUGAGAAAUUCUGCCAGCACAGCUGGAAGAUUAUGCGAAAUUUGCUUGGGACUCACCUAGGACAUAGUGGAGUUUACACCAUGUGCAGUAUUAUGGAGGACAGUGACCAUGGCUCAGAUGUGAUGUUGUUGCGAGGUUCUGUGUUUUUCAUUGGAAUGUGUUUGUGGGGCUCGCAGAGGGUAACAAACCUCAAGUAUUCCAAUUCAACUGUUUUGCCUUCUAUGUUACAGGCUCUGUCAUGUCAUCACAGUUUAGUGGCCUUAGAAGUGACACUGUCGUUACAAAGGCUGGUUAAGAAGUAUGGCCAUGAACUUCAUGUUGUAGCUUGGGAUGCAGUGUUGGACAUCACUGAAGCUCUGCUACAGCAGAUUGAGGAGUAUAGCCCAGGAGAUAAUGCGUUGAUAGAAAAUCUUCACACGCUGUUGACCAGUAUAGAGGAUCUUUACGAGUCCGGAAAGUUCAAUGGCCCAGAAGAAAGGUUCUUUGGUAUGGUAGAGAAGACCGCCAGUAUGCGACCAGAAAAAUCUCUUCAUAUUUUAGUUUCGUUCAAGGCUCAGACAGUUCAUCCUGCGCAAGUGGGAUGGCUUACGAACCUUCACAAUUUGAUGGAAAAGUACUUUAGAUACGAAAUUCGCACUAGUGUCAGAGUUAAAGUCCUUGCUGUUUUAUCAUCUGUGUUGACGUCGUAUGUUCACUGGUACGAGGAAGAGCUGUUAGAGUCUGCAGUGUUGCCAUACCUAAAUCACAUUGGUGAAGAUCAAGAUGUGACUGUCCGUAAUGUAGCUGUACAAAUUCUUCUGGACUUGUGUCAAAUGGUUGAUUCUCAGAAGUGUCAAGAUUUCUUGGACAUUAUCGAGAAGGUCAUCAGUAGACAUGUGGAACUACAAGGGAAACAUCCUCCUUUUGAGCAGCAGGAACAGUUGUUGCAAGAGGAGAAAGAAUUAAAGGAUGUCAAGACGGCGAUCAGUGGACUUGUGGAGGUCUUCAAGCUGAAGUUGUUUCGUUUGCCUCAUGGUCACGCUGUACGAACGUUUGAGCUGUUGGUGUCGCACAUGAAGGCACAUUAUUCCCAGGGCUACAGUACCUACAUUGCCAGUGUCAUCAGAAACUUGGCGUUCGAGUGCUUUCUGAGUUUGCGGUGUGACUCCACAUUACGGCUUGGUUUAUGCGACACCAGCGAAGAAGGAGGCAGUGCAAAGUUUGGCACUUACUUUACUUGUUUGCCGAGUGAUUCUGCAGCAUCCUCACAUCUUGGUGUGAUACCUUACUCGGAUGUGUUUGAAGCUAUUUUGAACUGUUUACAGUAUGAGUGGGACUGGACAGUACUGGAACCUGUUUUGACCGCGCUACCGGAGGUCCUACAAAAUAAGAGCCUGAUACUCUCAGCCAAUCCAGCCCUGAACACGAUGACAGCAGUACUCUGCCACAUGGUAUCAGAGCCUUCCUGUAUCAUUGAUCUCCGUCGUGUUCCUCACGGUGUUGGUAGAGCAGGAUUACAAGCUUUGAUAUUCCCGGUCUUAACGGUUCUCGCUACAUAUCACUCCAGUCUGGACAGAGGAAGACAGUUUGAGUUGGUGAGGACUUUAGAGUUGGGUUUAGUAACCAAGUGUGCUGUACUGUGUGUUUCAUCACUCACCCUGUGCACUAUGGAAAUGCAAGCAGUUAUGAAAAGUCUUCUUCCAGCUCUUUUGGUCCGCUUGACCCAGAUCUCCGCUACGGUUUCCAUGGCAGCCCCUAUGCUGGAGUUUCUUUCAGGCUUGGUUCACUUGCCUCAUUUGUAUGUUAGUUUCCAGGACAGUCAGUACAAACAUGUGUUUGCUAUUUGUCUGCCUUACACCGAUCCCUUCAGGUAUUCUCAGUACACAGUGACACUUGCCUAUCACGUGAUUGCCGCGUGGUUCGUGCGAUCACGUGUGGCUUACCGCAAAGCAUUUGUUGGAUUUGUGAGCAAGGGUCUUAAAUCAAGUGCUAUUAUCCCGGAGCGUUAUGACGCCAGACCAGACAGCCCUCAUUUAGCAGCAUCCAGAUCCCGAAGUGGAAGCUCUACCAAUCAGCCCUCGCCCCAAGUCCAUCAUCGGUCGAAUUCGCCCGUUGUUCACAAGGAGACUGACGCAGCGUGCGAGCUGCAUUCUGAGAUGAGUGAAGUGUGUAUGGAUAUGAUGGCUAGAUACACAUUUGCUCCUUGUAUGUCACAACCAAACAGGACUAAAGCUGUGGAGUUCAUGCUGGCUAGUGGUCAUUCACGCACAUGGAUGAUUUCUAACACGAUCGUGACGAUAACAACCUCCGGUACGUACAUUGGGCUGGACGGUGUGUGUGACAACUGCCUGACGCUGCGACAAAGGACUGCGAAUCAUACACACAAAGAGAAGACUAAGGCGGAUACAUCUGCAAAACAGAAAAGCACUGGUGCAGAUGGUCCGACAGAGGAUUCUGCUUCCCAGGCCUCUAGCGACCAAGCACAAGGCGCGGUACAAAGUCGUGUGACUGGUACUCAGGCUCCAGCGGGUACUCAGAGAAAAAGCAGCAUCGAGGGGGCGGCAAAGACAGAGGAAAAUUGUAGCAGCGUUGUUUCUGACCGUCGGCACAGCGAACCGUUUGUUCCUAUCAAUCUACAGAACUGUCAAUGUGUGUGUCAAGGCUGGGCCGAGAUCUUUAUCCGUCGACCCAGCGGAAACAUAUCUUGGAUCAUGCGCAUUCAGAAUAGGGCUACUUCAUCGUAUUUGGAUAGUGACGUCAGUACUGCUAUAGUGGAUGAUCCUCAAAUUGGUGAAUUUUUGUCUCCACACAGUGAAAAACACGGAGAUGUGGUGAGCACCAGCACAGAUAGCGGCUCAGUUAUUAUAGACAUGGUCGGUCGAAUCAAAACUUCGGAGAGAAUUGGUGGACGUGAUACAGCACAUGAAGAAUCGCUUCACACUCGUGACUGGCAGCUGGACAGUACUGAUAGCACUGAUGAAGGCAAAACCCGCGGACCGCCUCAACUAGACCCAGUCCUAAUCUACACGCCAACCGGAAGCAUGGACACUCCAUCAAGCACACCAGCGGGGUCCAUGGAUUCAGAGGUCUAUGAAGGAAGGGACAGGCUCCUUAGCAGGAGCCCUAGGAAGGGACCUAAUGUUUUCACGAUGAGAGAGUCAGAAUGCUCCGACGUAAGUGGAAGCUUGGACAUCACUCCAACUGAAGAUGUCCCUCCGAGCAAAACCAGAAAACAGAUGCACUUUGAAAAGCCGGAAUUGGGUGUGUCCCCCGCUGACCAAAUCCCAGUCUCCUGUCUGCCAGGACUGAACAAACUGGAGCAAAAGCGAAGGGACGAGACCAGAUAUCUGUCUUCAUCUGAGAUGUACCGGCUUGCAAGUGAUGAAGAGAGUGUACAGUCAUUUAGUGUUGAAGAUAGUGCAGACCACACCGGGGAACAGAAGAUGGAGACCGCAGAGACAGACCCCCCUCGACAUCGCACGGUCAGCCCAGCUAAAAAAGCAGAAAGACCGAAAUCACUUCCAUACCACUCCCUGACCGUAGAGCCUCAAGCGAUCAGGGAGAGCCCUGAAUUUGCUCUAGAUAGAGUUUUUCCUGGGCAGGACAAAAGCGCUUUUACCACAAGUCUCGACUCUGGCGCAAACAGAGGUCACCAGAUUCCUUCGCGUUCACCUAAACUACGAGGACGUUCACAAGACCCGGACACUAGUGUCCAGACUCCUAAGAAAGUGAAGUUAAAGAAGGCUUCCAGUAUCAGCUCACCAAUCAGGAACAGAAGAGACUUGGAUCAUUCUGAGCACUCGCCAUUUUCUUCUCCUCGCCAAAGAAGAAGCGUGAAAAGCAAGGAAGCUGAAGAUAGGCUUGGUUAUACUAGUAGCGUCCACGAACCGAUGAAAAGCACGUCAUCUCCAGAAUUGUCUUCACCGCCCGCCUUUCCUAAAGUGGCAGCACAUGGUAAAAGCGAUUCUACCAAGAGACUGGCGUCUCGCUCCAGAAUGAUGCCCCUCGGCGGAGGCCCUCAGUCCACAAACAAGUCAUCUAGAUCAGCACCAACGAUGGGAGAGCUCCCGGAUGCUGGACCAAAGGAGCCCCCUAUACUGGUGACCCCGUCAGAAUCGUUCAGGUAUCCCUUGGACCCUUGCUUUGUCUUUCUUCAGUUGUAUCACGCGUCCUUCUUGGGUCCAGCCCACGAAAAACCUCAGCCUCUUCCUGAUGGCGAGGUUAUUGAGCGAGCUAUCAAAUGCUUGGACCGCAUUCCUCCGUAUGAUACGCACAAGAUCGGAGUCAUCUAUGUGGGGCCUGGGCAACACGACAACGAGGCAGCGAUCUUACGUAAUGUUUACGGGUCUUCCCGCUACAUGAAGUUUCUCUCGGGUCUCGGGACGCUAGUUCGGCUGAGGGACUGUCCGCCAGCCGAGAUCUACACCGGGGGACUGGACAGGAAUGGAGCGGACGGUGAAUUUGCAUACAGUUGGCAGGAUGAUAUUUGUCAAGUUAUUUUCCAUGUGGCUACCUUGAUGCCGACUAGAGACUCGGACCCAGGCUGCAACUCGAAAAAGAUGCACAUUGGUAACGACUUUGUGACUAUCGUGUAUAACGACUCUCAACAGGCGGUCAAGUUUGGCAGAAUCAAGGGCCAGUUUAAUUUUGCUGAAGUUUUGAUUAAACCGCUUGAUAACGCAUCCAACAUGGUAACCGUGAGGUUCAAAGAUGAGCUGAAGGAUUUGCUCACUGACACAGGCACGCGAGUCAUCUCGGACAAUAACCUUCCUCGCCUAGUCAGGCAGCUUGUCGUACAUAUCAAUAUGGCAUCUGUUAUUCAUCAAAGUCAGAAGCGGCCCACAGACGCCUACGGCUGUAACUGGCUCGAACGAUUACGUCAGAUUAAGCGCGUGCGCACUAAGGCAGCAGCGGAGAACUUCUCAUUACCCAGCAGUCCUAUCGGGAAGAUAUCUCCCCUAUCACAUGGACUACGCAUGACAUCUGUACCGGUCAGCGGUCUCACAGACUUCACCGAGUACAUUACGAAGUAGUGACUGUGGAAUCAUCCAAAAAAGAAUCUGUUGGCCGAGAAAGAAGAGAAAUACCUCGACAAUUCACUUCAACUGUUGUCGCCUGUUUACUUGCCUAGUUCUGAAAAAGAAUAUAAAACUUCCAGGGCGUUAAGGCUAUUAUUAAAUAAUACGUGCACAGCCUGUGGACUUUUACAAAGAAGCUGCUUUGCAAAAAAUGAUAGAACCUUAUUGAAGGGAGAAGCUUUGGUCUAGAUGUAACAUUUAGUUAUUUAAAGUAUACAUAGGUAUUUGUUCAUUCCAUACCAGAUUGGUUUAUAAAGCACAUCAAGGUUUUUGUAGAAACAAGGAUGGAAAAGAAUAGAGAAAACGUAUUAAUAUCAAAAUGAUAUAAUAUAUAAAAGCGUAAUCAGUGAUGUCAGAAAACUUUGAUAUUAUUGUGCGAAUUUCAGCGUUACUAGUUUAAUUGUGUAAAUUUAGAAAAUUUAAUUAAGAAAUUAUUGAAUUAAAAAGAUCAAAUUUAUUUCACUAAUGGUCACCUAACUUAGUAGGUCAAGUACUUUGAGGGAGCAAGUGUUUUUUUUUUAAUUAUCAUUUCUUACCGUUGAAUAAAGUACAAAAUAGCAAGGACAGAACCAACCCUGGAUUCGAGCCCGGGCCACAUUGCUGGCAGUUGAGCGCCCUCACCACAAUGUGCCACUCCCCAAUCGUCAUAUAGAUAACGAAUUCACCUCGUUUGAACAAAAAAUCCACCUAACAAAGGUGAUUUAUUGGUUUUACGACAUUAAAACUGUUUCAUUGGGGUUAAAAAA